AUGCCGUCUCUCAAUGGAACUGUCAACACAAUGUCACUUUACAUCUCUCUCGAUUCACGCCCGAACAAGGGAGAAUACCACUGGGGAAUCUAUGUUACAGAUGGCCAAGGAAAUUCCACCGUUCACCAUGCCUCAAAUCGCGACGGGCCUUGGCGAUAUGAUGCAAAAUUCGUUGACCCAGCAGAUUCCAUGACUCUGAUUGCUAUGAUGAAAGUAUCAGACAUCAGAAGUCCUGAUCUCGUGGAACAUGCUAUAAGGAGUGUUCCAGCAAAUGGCAGCCCUUCCGGAAGAACUGGAGAGACUUUUAGUUGCCGCACCUGGGUCAAGGAUGCCCUCGUUGCACUCCAUGACUGUGGAGCUAUUGUGCUCCCGACAGAUAUAGAAACGAUAGAGAAAAAGUCUAUCCAGUAUGGGAUGCGCUAUUCUCGUAUUAGUGAGUCGGGUGGAGGGGCAACUGUGCUCAACGAUGCGUUCUAA